UAUCGAUUACUUGUUGCUAUUCAAAGCCGAUAACAGAUAACAACAUCCAAACAAAGGCAGCUGCUUCUGCGCUGUAGGUUGGUUUUCCGAUGCCAUAAUGAAAUACCAAACAUCAUAGGAUAUGCCAGCUACCUGCUUGCUAAUAGUGCUUCAUAAAGAGGCAGGUAACAUAUAGUUCCUGGAAUACACUUAGGGACAACGCGCAAAACAGAGUGUUAGCGUUAACCCGGGCAAAAUCAAUAAAGUGGAAACCAUUUGUAAACAUGACGCUGAACGAGAGCGACGCUCACAAGCAACUGGAGCUGACGCGAAACUUUUUGGAGCUUUCUAGAAAUACGGACACCUGUUCAGCAUUGCGCAGCUCCGACUGCAUCCAACUGUUAGUAAAAAUUCUGCAUGCCAACGAUGACGGAGCCGGCGCGGGCGGAGCAGCACGAAGGAAUGCCAGCCAAGCCCUGCAUAACAUUGUUCAAGGAAAUCAACGGGAGGUGAAGGUUUUGCGCCUUCUAGAUCAAAUACGUGACUAUAGUUGCAAUUUCUUGCGUACGCAAUUGCAAAGCGGUGGUGAAUCAAUUGCCGAUGAUGAAGAACGUCAUCCAUUGGCAGCCAUGAAAAUGCUGAUGAAGGCUAGCUUCGAUGAGGAACAUCGCCAGACUAUGUGCGAGUUGGGUGCCUUAAAAGCAAUACCAAACCUGGUUCAUCUCGACCAUGCCGUUCACGGGCCGGCAGCGGGACGCGAGCAAUGUAAUUUGCUUAGACGCUAUGCGCUAAUGACGCUAACAAAUCUCACCUGCGGCGAAGAAAACAACAAGUCACUGCUCUGUGGACAAAAGCAAUUCAUGGAAGCGUUAGUUGCCCAGCUGGACUCAAAUGCAGCCGAUGUCGAUGAUCUGCUGCAGGCCACUGCUAGCGUUUUGCGAAAUCUAUCUUGGCGCGCGGACAAACACCUGAAGACCGUAUUCAAUGAGCUCGGGACAGUCACGGCUCUUGCAAUGGCCGCAAUGCACAACAAGAGCGAGAACACAUUGAAGGCCAUUCUGUCCGCACUGUGGAAUCUGUCAGCACACUGCAGCACCAACAAGGCGGAAUUUUGUGCCGUCGAUGGUGCAUUAGGAUUUCUAGUCCAAAUGCUCAGCUACGAAGGCCCAAGCAAGACACUUAAGAUUGUCGAGAAUGCCGGCGGCAUCUUACGCAACGUAUCCAGCCACAUAGCUGUUUGUGAAUCAUAUCGUCAGAUCUUAAGGGAGCACAACUGCCUGGCCAUUCUGCUGCAGCAGCUUAAGACAGAUAAUCAGACGGUUGUUAGCAACUCCUGUGGCACGCUCUGGAACUUGUCUGCACGUUGUCCCGAGGAUCAACAGUUUCUUAUCAAUCACAACGCCAUUCCGCUGCUACGUUCGCUCACCACCUCCAAAAGUUCCAUGAUAGCUGAGGGCAGCGCCUCAGCGCUCAAGAACUUGGUAAAUUAUCGUAACGCCCUCGAGCUAUCAACCAACAACGAGUUGCCUUCGAAGGAGCUAGCCAACGUACAUGGAUGCACACUGCCUCGACGUUAUAGCUCCAUGCGGUUGAGCAGUAAUCCUACGGGUUCACUUAAGAAGGUGCGCAACGGGACGGCAAGCAGCAGCAAUGGCAGUAGCACAUUGAUUCGCAAAUGCGAAAGCCGCGAGUCAAUAUAUUCCGGUAAAUCGGAUUCCGAUUCAACAAAAUUCUCAACUAAGUCGGACAGCGCCUUUGAACAACGAAAACUGAGCACUAGCACUGCGCAGACCCAUUACAGAACAUCCACGGAGGAGCAACCCAUCGACUAUUCUAUGAAAUACAGCUACAGCGACCACAAACCAGCUAAGGCCAGCUUUGACAAUUCCAUCGAUUUGGAUCAGCCCACAGACUUCAGUGCACGCUACAAGGAGAGACGAUCUGCGCAAGCUGCGAAGCCACAGCCAGCAACAUGUGAAGAAAGACAGCAAGAGAGUAGCGAAAUAUUGCUCAUUUUAGAUGAAAGUGGAAGCACCGCUCCUCCAAAUCUGGCUAAAUCAGCUUCGGCAUGUGAGCUAAGCAGCGAUCAAGUGGAACGCCCCAAAACACUUAACCUUCGCAGCAGUGCUUUGGAGAAUCUAGCAAUCGACAAGUCCGAUGGCUGCUUGCACACGCCCGAACCGGAGCCUGGUGAGCGUCCGAUUAACUAUUGUGAGGAGGGGACACCCGGAUGCUUCAGUCGAUUCGAUUCGCUCAACAGCCUUAUGGAUGUGGGGCAAGGAAAACACGAGAAGCAGCUAGCUGCUACCAAGGAAAUCAACAACCAACAAUCAGUUGUCGAAACGCCAGAGCAAGCUAUUAACAAUAAUAACAACAACAAUAAGGUUACAGCUUGCCAGGAUUCCGCUCUGGAGACCCCUCUUAUGUUCUCCAGACGCAGCUCCAUGGAUUCGUUGGUGAAUGAUGAGACCAUUGGUUGUGACGAUAAUGGCUCUGUAAUAAGCGAAUACAGUCGUAUGCAAAGCGGUGUAAUCUCACCCUCAGAGCUGCCAGAUUCACCCACGCAGAGCAUGCCACAGUCGCCUCAACGCGAUCGCAAGAUAAAACCAUCGCUUCCACCUUCAAGCGAUAACUGCAGAAGCAAUGGGCACGACCUCAAUGGCAACGAUGCGCCUCGUAAUUACUGCACAGAGGACACUCCUGCUCUGCUCUCCAAAGCGGGCAGCAAUAGCAAUCUGUCGGUGCUGUCAAUAGCCUCCACAGCCAAUGACCACAAUUGCAAUGGACAGAUGAGACGUCCAAUGCCUCAAGUCCCAGAUAUUGCGAUGAAUAUUUCUGAGGAUGCCAUUUCCAAGAUGCGCUGCGGUGGCAACGCUUUACCCAGCUAUUUGCCAGUAAAGGAUGAGAUGAACAAAUACUACGUAGAAGACAGCCCCUGUAAUUUCUCCGUGAUCUCUGGACUCUCCAGCUUAACAGUAGGUUCUGCGCAAGUGGGGCCAGCCCGUGCACUGAAACCACCACUUCUGCCGAGGAACGCAGAAUCCGCUCCAAAGUUGCCACCUCGACGAAGUGCUGUUCUUGUAGAGUCCGAGUCGCGUCUCCUGCCCAAACGCAGCGAUUCUCUCAGCUCAUUGUCAAUGGAUUCGGACGAUGACUCCAAUCUGCUCAGUCAAGCUAUUGCCGCUGGUAGUUGCAGACCUCCACCCAGUGGCGCCAGCACUAGCUCGAGUCACACAAACACGCUGCCCAAGCCAAACAAUAACCAUAGACGACAAACGAUUGCUGGUGCCAAGACUGACUAUAGCUCCGAUGAUUCACUGGACGAUAACCAGUCCACGUCCUUGUUUGAGCAGUGUAUAUUGAGUGGCAUGCACAAGUCCAAUGAUAAUUUGGAGAGCGAACGCAAUGAACCCUCCUCCAAUGAUCGCUUUGUUAGCAAUCAGGUGCGCCAGAUCGAGUCUAUGUUAGCCACCACUGUUAGGCCAACGCCGCCGCGCUCAUCAUCCGGUAGCCGACAGCGACAGCAUCACCACUGGGUCUAACUAAUUAAGAAUUUCUAGCUUUUAAUUUGCAGUUGGUUGGUCGUUUCUUUUUAAAUAUUUUCUAAUGUAAUGUACACACUGCAAUAAUAUUCUUACGUUCUCAAUUCUUCUAUAGUUCAGAUUAAAAAUGUUUACUUAAAUUUAACAAUUGCCCAUUUGUGUUGCCCGUUGCGUCGUUGUUUUCCCUAUUUCACAAUUUCAUAACGAACAUCUAACAAAACCCGGGUAAUCUAUAUAACUUAUGAACAAAUAUCGAAAUGGGUACAUUCAAUAUAAAUUAACUUUAAAAGGA